UGGAUUCUGAGAACGUGUGUUAUCCCAUCCAUUCCAUCAACACAGCCCUUACACAGGGACAGAGGAGGAGGAGAGUUGCUGUGUGACAGUAGAAAAGCAUGGAUGAUGCUAUCCUGAAGGGAUCACAGAGAUGCUGUCACUUGACUGGUUUGAAAUGCGUUUGAUCUUUAUAAAAAGAAAACAGUAUAUUUUUUAACCAAUCAAUUCACGUAAGUAGAGACUGUUGAUGUUUCUGUUUUGCAAAAAAAUGUCAACUUCAAGUAGUCUUUCAAAAAGAACAGCAGUCUGGUAAAAUCGAAAGAUAAAAGGAAAAUUCUUUCGGAAAUGUCGCCUAGUGUAAACUAAUCAUAAUUUAUCCAUGAGGACCAGAAGAUGCUCGAAUUUCUCUACCGCCCGGGUGCAUUUUCCGUGGUCGUGGACCCUCUUCAAGUGCGAUCAGCGGGGGUCGCUUCCCUUUCCGUCGCUCUUAUGUAAUUGAUCGAUGAAUUAGACGAAUGUUUCAAGCCAAGGUUUAUUUUUUUAUCGGAAGACAUCAACCACCAGCGUGAUACAGCCGGGGCUGCACGGACAAUGUGUAGCAGAUAUUCUAUCAUAAACAAGACGUGUGUUUACGAUGAUGGGACCGCGGACACCGACAGAGCCAGACGCGACCAUGAGCCCACUGCGUAGAUCCUCGAGUUCCCAUGGUGACAGGUCUGACUCCACGGAGACCCUCCAGAAGAACAACAGCAGCAACAGUGGAGUUAUUCUGGACAUCUCAGCCCUCAAGUUGGAGGUGGACUCUGAGGUCCCUCCUCUACCUCCCCGCUACCGCUUCAGGGACCUGCUGCUGGGGGACCAGUCCUUUCAGAACGACGACAGGUAUCAGGAAGAGUACAGUAUGGACUCUACCAACGCCCAGGUUCAGGUGGAGUUCUAUGUGAAUGAAAACACCUUCAAGGAGAGGCUCAAGCUGUUCUUCAUCAAAAACCAAAGGUCAAGCCUGAGGAUCCGUCUGUUUAACUUCUCCUUGAAGCUGUUGACGUGUGCCCUAUACGUCCUCAGAGUGUCUCUGGACGACCCCGAACAGGUCACUGGUGUAUGUGUGAACUGUCAGAACCGAACAAGCAACACAGCAGAAUCUACAGAAAGCACAGAAAUCAACUGGGAUUUGAUUUUCUGGGUGAACAGAAGGGUUCCUGUAUGGGCGAUACAGGUGAUCGUGGCCUUAAUCAGUUUCCUGGAAGCGAUGCUCCUUACAUAUCUCAGCUACAAAGGGAAUAUCUGGGAGCAGAUGUUCCAGAUCUCCUUCAUCCUGGAGAUGAUCAAUACCGUGCCGUUUAUAAUCACUAUCUUCUGGCCUCCAUUGAGAAACAUCUUCAUCCCAGUGUUUCUCAACUGCUGGUUAGCCAAGUGUGCCCUGGAGAAUAUGAUUAAUGAUCUCCAUCGUGCCAUUCAGAGGACCCACUCGGCCAUGUUCAACCAGGUUCUCAUCCUCAUCUGCACCCUACUCUGUCUGGUCUUCACUGGGGCGUGUGGUAUUCAGCAUCUUGAGAGAGCAUCCAAUCAGAACCUGACUCUGUUCAACUCUCUGUAUUUCUGCAUCGUCACCUUCUCUACCGUGGGCUACGGUGACGUCACACCUCAUAUCUGGCCCUCUCAGCUGCUGGUGGUUAUUCUCAUCUGUGUGGCCCUCGUGGUCCUCCCGCUACAGUUUGAGGAGUUGGCCUAUCUGUGGAUGGAGCGUCAGAAGUCAGGAGGGAACUACAGCAGACACCGUGCCCAGACAGAGAAACACGCCGUCCUGUGUGUCAGCUCUCUGAAGAUUGACUUGCUCAUGGACUUCCUCAAUGAGUUCUACGCUCAUCCUAGAUUACAGGACUACUAUGUGGUGAUCCUGUGCCCUACGGAGAUGGACAUCCAGGUUCGUCGUGUCCUCCAGAUCCCUCUGUGGUCCCAGAGGGUCAUCUAUCUCCAGGGCUCAGCGCUCAAAGACACAGACCUCAUGAGGGCCAAGAUGGAUGAUGCAGAAGCCUGUUUUAUCCUGAGCAGUAGGAAUGAGGUGGACCGCACUGCGGCUGACCACCAGACCAUCCUCAGAGCCUGGGCUGUGAAAGACUUUGCCCCAAACUGCCCCCUGUAUGUCCAGAUCCUCAAACCAGAGAACAAAUUCCAUGUGAAGUUUGCUGAUCACGUAGUCUGUGAGGAGGAAUUCAAGUACGCCAUGCUGGCCCUGAACUGUGUGUGUCCAGCCACAUCCACCCUGGUCACACUCCUGGUACACACUUCCAGGGGGCAGGAAGGCCAGCUGUCUCCAGAACAGUGGCAGAGGACGUACGGACGGUGCUCGGGGAACGAGGUCUACCAUAUCCGCCUCUGUGACAGCAAGUUCUUUGGGGAGUAUGAUGGGAAGAGUUUCACCUAUGCCUCCUUCCACGCACACAAGAAGUAUGGUGUGUGUCUGAUCGGGGUGAAGAGGGAGGACAACAAGAGCAUCCUGCUGAACCCUGGUCCUCGCCACAUCAUGGCCGCCCCAGACACCUGCUACUACAUCAACAUCACCAAGGAGGAGAACAGCGCCUUCAUCUUUAAACAGGAGGAGAAGGACAACAAGGGCCUGCCGGUGGCCGGGCUGUACGACGCCCCCUCCAGGCUGCCUGUACACAGCAUCAUCGCCAGUAUGGGGACGGUAGCCAUCGACCUCCAGAACCCGACGGACCCCCCAGAGGACAGCAGCAAGCUAACCCUGCCCACAGAGAACGGGUCUGGAAGCAGACGGCCCAGCAUCGCCCCCGUCUUGGAGAUCGCUGACUCCUCCUCCAUCCUGCCCUGCGACCUGCUCAGUGACCAAUCAGAGGACGAGACCAACCAAUCAGACGAGGAGAGCUCGUCGGUGUCCGAUUUUGUGAAAGGAUAUCCUCCCAACUCGCCCUACAUUGGCAGCUCUCCAACCCUGUGCCAUCUCUUACCCCAGAAAGCCUCGUUCUGCUGCCUUCGUCUGGACAAGGGUUGCAGGCACAACAGUUUUGAGGAUGCCAAGGCCUAUGGUUUUAAGAACAAGCUGAUUAUAGUAUCUGCAGAGAUGGCAGGGAACGGCCUCUAUAACUUCAUCGUCCCUCUGCGGGCCUACUACCGCCCCAGGAAAGAGCUCAACCCUAUCGUCCUGCUAUUAGACUACCCGCCUGACAACCACUUCCUAGAAGCCAUCUGCUGUUUCCCAAUGGUCUACUUCAUGGCUGGAACUAUAGAUAACCUGGACAAUCUUCUGCAGUGUGGCAUCAUCUAUGCUGAUAACCUGGUGGUGGUGGACAAGGAGAGCACCAUGAGUGCUGAGGAAGACUAUAUGGCAGACGCCAAAACCAUAGUCAACGUACAGACCAUGUUCAGGCUGUUCCCCAGUCUUAGUAUCAUCACUGAGCUGACCCACCCCUCCAACAUGAGGUUUAUGCAGUUCAGAGCUAAGGACUGCUACUCUCUGGCUCUCUCCAAACUAGAGAAGAUAGAGCGUGAUAAGGGUUCCAACCUGGCCUUCAUGUUCCGUCUGCCGUUCGCUGCAGGCAGAGUGUUCAGUAUCAGUAUGCUGGAUACGCUGCUCUACCAGUCAUUUGUGAAGGACUAUAUGAUUCCCAUAGCAAGACUUCUACUAGGCCUGGACACCACGCCAGGGUCGGGUUACCUGUGUGCAAUGAAGGUGACAGAGGAGGACCUGUGGAUCAGGACGUAUGGCAGGUUGUUCCAGAAGCUGUGUUCCUCCAGUGCUGAGAUUCCUAUAGGCAUCUACCGUACAGAGUCUCACAUGUUCUCCUCCUCUGAGUUAAAGGAUGGGUACCCACAGUCUCAAGUCUCCAUCAAUGUAGAGGACACCGGCGGUGACGAUCAGAGGGACAACAGACGCGAGUCAUGGAAGGAGAAGACCAGAACACACCGGAUGUCCACCACCAGCGAAUCAGAACACCCGUUACUGAGGAAGAAGAGCCUCCAGUGGGCGCGGCGUCUGAGCCGUAAGAACACCAAGCCUCCAAGCCGCUCCGAGCGGUUCUCACAGCAGCGCCUCAACCUGUACCGGCGCUCUGAGAGACAGGAGCUGUCUGAGCUGGUUAAGAACCGCAUGAAGCACCUGGGACUGCCCACUGUCGGAUACGAGGAUGUUGCUAAUCUUACCGCGAGCGAUGUCAUGAACCGAGUAAAUCUAGGAUAUUUACAAGAGUUACAGGGCAUUUCAGAGCAGCUGUUAGGAGAGGAGACCAGAACAGGGGCAAACACAGGUGGGUUUGGAGAAGCAGAUGCAAUUUACCCCCCAACCCCCAAGCUUGAGCCCCAUUCUGUCCCAGAUGAGAUGAACGACCAUCAGAACACUCUUUCCUACGUUCUCAUCAACCCUCCUCCAGACACCAUGCUGGAGCUCAAUGACAUUGUGUACAUUAUCCGGUCUGACCCUCUGGCGGGCCCUAACGUGCCGGAGGAUGCAGCCCAAGGGCAGAGCAGCGGUGGCGGCCGGAUGAGGCAAGAAUUUGGCACUGAGACCAGGGACGAGACCCACCUCUGAAACUCCCUCACCUCACUCUGAUUGCCAACCCCCGGCACAAUAUAUAUAUAUACUGUAUAUAUAUAUAUACACACACACACACACACACACACACACACACACACACACACACACACACACACACACACACACACACACACACACACACACACACACACACACACACACACACACACACACACACACACACACACACACACACGCGCACACACACACAGCUGCUAUGGAAGGAUGCAUGAAGAGUGCCUCAUCAUUAACUAACUACUUCACCCUCUUGGAGAGCAUCAGACAGACGCGACCCUCUUGGAGAGCAUCAGACAGACGAGACCCUCUUGGAGAGCAUCAGACAGACGAGACCCUCUUGGAGAGCAUCAGACAGACGCGACCCUCUUGGAGAGCAUCAGACAGACGAGACCCUCUUGGAGAGCAUCAGACAGACGCGACCCUCUUGGAGAGCAUCAGACAGACGCGACCCUCUUGGAGAGCAUCAGACAGACGCGACCCUCUUGGAGAGCAUCAGACAGACGCGACCCUCUUGGAGAGCAUCAGACAGACGCGACCCUCUUGGAGAGCAUCAGACAGACGCGGCCCUCUUGGAGAGCAUCAGACAGAAGCGACCCUCUUGGUGAGCAUCAGACAGACGCGACCCUCUUGGAGAGCAUCAGACAGACGCGGCUCUCUUUGCAAGAGUUAAAACAGAAACAAUGCACCAGUCACUGGAGGGAGAGAGACGGACUGGAAGCACGCUCCCUUACGCACAAGUAAGCAACCAGAAGAGACGAUGAUGUCAGAGGUCCUGUGACGCUCUUAAUAUUUAGAGGUUGGUUUGAUUUAGCUCGUUCACACGCUUGGUGAGUGGAGCUCGAACUUUAGGACCAAUGGAAGGGUGUCACAAGAGCAAACUCUCCCUGUAUGGUAUGCUGGUGAGCUAGACCAAGCACGCCUGGUGUGUGUGUGGGGACUGUGUAGUUAUCAGUUACGAUAGCAAGUCAUGUACGGAGUUUGGUACAGAAAUGGUUAUUCCUUAUCACAAUAUUAUGGCAGUAUUCUUACAAAUCAAUCAUGAAAGUACAUAAGCACUUUUUAAAUGACAUUGAUUUUCGUUUUUGAUUUUCCAAUUUUCAAUGUAGAAAACAUUGUAUCUUAUAUAGGGACCCUUUUCUGCUCAUUCUGGAUGUUUCCCCAUUUUGUUCUAUAACAUAACAUUUCUUAUUAACAGUCUAGAAUAGUAAAGGAAUUGAAGAACCUAUAUACAUUCUUCCAUGCCCCUACAGUAUGUCGCUCUAUUUGUGACAUAUGGUAUCUGGAUAUUUAUUUUAUAUCUGUCAGUGUUCUACUUAAGCUAAUGUACAAUCAUUCCCUAUUUCUGACAGGAUUUUAUGAAUUAUUGUACAUUACAGUACAAUGAUCCUGAUUUUCAAAGCGGUUUACCGUGGAAAACCUAUGUUGUUUUGCACAAUAAGAGACAGGCACAGUAAAAGUGAAAGUUCACUACACAAUUAAAGUUUGUUAUAUGUUUCCAGAUGUCAAAAGUAAUCUAAUGUAAAGAUGAGUUGGAGUUAACUAUCACUUGAAGUCUGUUAGUAUGGCCAGUACAUGGGCUUGGAGUACAGUGUUGCAAGCUGGAUUCCAAUAUGUCCUUUCACUUAUACAGGAAUCACUUGUACAGUAAAUGUAGUAUUGUGUGUGCUUUAGAUAUAGAAUCAUUAUUUAAGGGUUAGGAGAUGUAUUUCUGUUUUAUUUAAAAAAAAAUCGAUACUGUUGGACUAAUAUGUGUGGUUUUAUCAGUGUAAAUAGUCUAACUUUUAAUCCUCAUUGUUUUGUUACAAAAAAAAUCUGGGUCAUUAUUACAGAAAUGAUAACAAGAAGGACUUGAAAUACUUUUGCACUAAGCUCUGUGGUCGUUAAGAGCAUUAUAGCAUGACCCUUUAACCCGAAACUUAAACUAUACAAUAAAACAGACUACAGUAUUCACAGCACAGUAUGAGUCAGUCUCCAUACAUUUAGAGAGAGGUGUUAUAAACACAAUAUGAACUUAGUUAAGUUUGCAAACUUUAAGGUUCAUUGUCAUUGUAAAUGAUACAAUAUACUUUGUCCAUUUAGAUGGAAUUUUUGGGGGUGAAUCCAGCAUACAAAUACACACAAAAAGAGCACACCAUAAUACAUGUGUUUCCUGACUGUAUGAAUACGAUUAGGUUGUUGAGAAAGUUUGUUAUGAUGGAGGAAAGGCAAUUGAUACUUUGAUAUCAGGACUGAAGUUUUUUAAGAUAUAUUUCUUGCUGUGUUUGAGAUGUAUAGUAUUCCAAAGUUUUCCGUUGAUUUACUGAAAGUGUAGAUAGAAUAUGUUUGAUUCUUGCCAGGCCCCCACAGAAAGGCACUUUACAGACCUGGAGGACUAAAGAAGACUACAGUUGAUCACCAUGGAAACAAUGAGCGUGUACAUUCCCAUCAGUCACCAUAUAAUUAGAAUCCAUAGAAAAUCUGUUUGUGGUUUUUGAAGUUUAUACUGUAGUAUAGAAAGGGGCAUGCAAACACAAAAAGCAUUGUUUUUAAAUAAAGCUUGCCAAACCAGAUAUGUUUUCCUACACCUAGAUUGCCAACCUGUGUGAAGUAUCACACCUAGAAAAUUAAUCUGAUGAUAAUAUUCCCCGCGUCUUUUUUGUAAGCAUAUCAUUUGAUAUCUUUAUAUGGAACCAUGCAUGUUCUCCAGACUUAUCAAAAACCUCUGUUUACUUUAUCAUGUUUUUAAUUCAUUGUGAAAAGGUCAAUUUUCUACUAUUUCUUAUUAUGAAGUCUGUGUACUUCUACCAUGAUGUAAAAUAUGAAACAAUAAAUGCUACAUGCAGCAGGGAACAUUGAAA